AUGGAAGCAGAGGAAGAAGGUUCUAAAAAGAUAAUGGGAAUUGAUUUUCGGAAGCUUCCUGCCAACUACCAUAAUGAAUCCUACACAGAUACAAAAAUUGGAAAUAAGACUGUACAUAGACACCAAGAAAUUAAUAAGGCAACAGAUAACAAAACUGGAUCUACUAGCUAUUCUGAAACUAUUAUUACAUCAAUACAAGGAGACAGAAAGAGAAAUCAUGAGUGCAUUAUACACGAAGACUGUGAGAUUGGAAAAUAUUGUGCAUUCUCUGGUUUGGAGUACAGCUGUCAGAUUUGCAAACAGCAAUACACACUCUGCUCUCGGGAUGUGGAGUGUUGUGGACAACAGCUCUGUGUAUGGGGUGAGUGCAUGAAAGCUGUCUCAAAAGGAGAAAAUGGAACAAUUUGUGAAAAUCAACAUGACUGCAAUUCAGGAAUGUGCUGUGCGUUUACAAAAGACCUUCUGUUCCCCAUAUGCACUCCCUUCCCCGGCGAGAGAGAACCUUGCCAUAAUCCUUCAGAUGGGCUUCUCAACCUAAUUACUUGGGAGCUGGAACCAGAUGGAGCUCUUGAUCGUUGCCCGUGUGCCCAUGGGUUGAUUUGUCGGAUGCAGAGUCACAGCAGCGAAUCUCUUUGUGAAUUAUCGUUUAACAAGACCCAAAGUGAGGACAAGAAACAAUUGUUAGCGGAUGAAUUAUCACUUCUGGACUUUGUAACCCGAGAUAUUCCUGGUGAUUAUGAAGAGAAACUGAUCAAAGUGCAGAAAGAACUGGGGGAUGAAGUGGUUGAUACGGGGGAACCAGUUGUGGCUAGUGACUUUUUCUGGGAUGAAAUAUAAGUCCAACAGGUUAAUUGAUCACUUGUGCACUAUUAUUGCUGUUUUAAGAGUUAUUACACAUAUGGCAUACCUGGGCCUCCUCUCUGCUGCAUAGAAAUGCAGUAACCUUCUUCACUGCAUGAUCAGAAAAUAGAUUCCUUUUCUAAAGCUCAGACCAAACAUAAUGGGUGUGGCUACCAGAUCCUUACAUUUUAAGUACUAUUUUGAGCUGGCUAAGGAGCUUGAAUUAAUUUAAGGCUGGUGGUUUGAGUUCUGUAUUUUCUGUAUAUAUUACCCCUUUAAAAGAAAUUCCAGAUCUUUAUAGCUGUUUCUAAAAUACCAGUAGGACCUUGCCUUAGGCUUUCAGAUAAGAUACAAAGUAUAAGAAUUUGCCAUGGAUGCUGGUUGGAAAAAGGUGGUAAUUUAAGAGGUAUAAAAAUAAGCCAACCUUUCAGCCCAACAGUACUGAAGGAUACUAUGUACUUAGCCAUAUGACAGGAACCUAUAGGAGCUUGGUGCCCAGUAUGCGCUGAGGGUAUCAGGAGAGUCUGUUUUAAUCAUAUUGUCCACACCAGGUAGAAAUGACAGUGUCUGAGCUGCACGUCUUGAUUUGGAAUGAACGUUUCCUGAAUGGCAGCAUGGUUGAAAUUGGGUGGGUUGUCCCAAAACGCUGCUUUCAAAUUAAGAAUGAUGAACGGGUACUGCAAUAAAGCCGAAACACUUAUCUUGCAAUAGUGAUACCCAGAGACUUGUGAAACGUGAGUUCAUGCUGUACAAAUACACAAAGAUAAAAAUUUGAUCAUCUAGAGUUUCAGGGGAUGUAUUUUUUUCCAUGGUACAGCUCAAAUCAACUUCAAAUUCUCAAAAUUUAAGUGCAGCUCCAUGAAGGGGAAAAUGCAAUUACAGUAGUUAUUUUAGGGUAUCUGAAUAUUGGAAGAUUAGAGCUUUUCCAGACUUAAAAAAAACCCUGUAACCAUCUUAGUAUGCCAUAGAAACAUCUUUCCAACCCUUACAUUUUUAGCAGCACUGGCCAAUCCUUAAAAGGAAUAUAUCAGAGCCCUGGUCAAAAUUUUGUCUGUGCGAGGGUUUCAAACACUGUAGGGAUGAAUAUAUGCACUGGCCAUGUACCUAUCUACCUAUACCCCAACCUUUGUUCAUUUCAAAGGCCUCACUAGGAACCGUAUUCAUGUUUUUCCCUGAAAAUGCAUAUAUCUCAGUACCUGAUCCCAGACUCCUGAAUUGGAUAAGAAGCUAAACACACAAAAAACUAUUCAGAUCUUUGUGCAGCACUGACAUCUCUGCAGAAUAAAAGCUUCAUGUAUUCAAGCAAAUACCUGUGAUAUCUUUCGACAAUUAGCUGCAAGUAUUUAUGGCAAUUUAAGUUCCACCAGCCAGGUAACACUUGGAAGUCAAUUCAAAAGGCUCCCCUCCCCCCAUAAGAAUUCUUUGCAAAACAAUCCUGUAUUUUGACUAUUUACAAUAAAUUUCAAAGUGUGAUUAAAGUAA